AGCCGUUGGCUCAAGGCCUGCUUGACCAAGAUUGAGUCCCAGGAGUGCGCAUAGCUGUCGCGAUGGGGAAUAGACCACUGGCCAUCCACGAGCUCCAGAUCCUCUUCAAGAAGUACGACAGGAACGAGGACUCCACACUGGACCAGUCGGAAUGCCUUGCCCUGGCAAAUGAGAUUGCCAAGCGGGAGGGAGCACCGCCUUUUACCCCGCAGGCCUUAGGGAAGGUAAUGAACAAGUUCGCAGGCGACGACGGCAAAGUGAACGUCCGGGAGUUCGAGGGUGCGUACAUGACCUUGCGCAACCUCAAGCGCCAGCGCAACAAGACCCGAGCCACCACUCCGCCGAGAGGGGCCAGGAGCCCGCCCAACGCGGAGGCGGCGGUCGGGGCGCCGUCGGCACCGCCGUCGAAAGCGGGGGUGGCGACCGCCAAGCCCCAGCCCCGCGCGCCAGCCGCGCCGGCCGCGCCGUCUCGACCAGCGCCAGGCGCCCAGGCGCCAAGGCCGCCGUCGAAAGCGGGGGCGCCGACCGCCGAGCCCCAGCCCUCCGCGCCGGCACCCCGCUCAGCGGGCACGCCAUGGCUGGGAGAGAAGGCGGGGGCGCAGUCCGCCAAGCCCCAGCCCUCCGCGCCCACGCCCCGCUCGGCGGGCACGCCGCCAGGGAGGGCGGGCACCGCGGCGCUCCCUCCCUCCGCCCGGAGGGCGCCGGCCCCCAGCGCGGCGCCCGAGCAGCACGGCGCGGGGCGCGAGCCCUCUGCGGCGGAGGCCGCGGCGGCGGCCGCCAAGAUCCAGGCCCUCCACCGGGGCCGCGCCGAGCGCCAGAGGCUCGCGGCGGCGGCGGCCUCGCCGCCCGCGGGGCCGCCAGCCGGGCAGGCCGGGCAUCUGGCCGCGGCCGCGCCGGCAGGUCAGGCGCUGCUGCCGCCGGCCGGCCCCCGCCUGGCCGGGCCGCGGCCGCUCGACCGGCAGGGGCGCCCGCGGAGGCCCUCGCAGGCGCCGCGGCGCCACGGCACGAGGCGCCGCCGGCGAGGGGGUGGCGGGCGGGGCGGCCCGGCGGCCAGCGCGCGGCCGCCCGCUGGAGCGGGGCAGCCCCCCGGCGGGCCGGGGGCGGCAGCGGAGCAGGCGGAGGAUCCCGGACUGUUCGGCGUGUUCGGGCUGCUCGGGGGGUGGGCCGGGGACGAGCCCGAGCCAGUGAGGGCAAGGCCGAAGCGGGCGGGGCCCAAGCGGAAGCGGAGGGCGAAGGCCGCCGCGGAGCCAGCGCCGCUGGGCCUGGACGCGGCAUUGGGGCAAGGGUUCGCCGCGCUCUUCGGGGUGGCGAGCCAGGAGGCAGAGGCAGCGAAGCCGAGCGCAGGGGAGCAGAAGGCAGAAGAUGAGCAGCAGGCGCAGCAGGCGCAGCAGGCGCAGCAGGCGCCGCCGCAGGAGGAGGUGGAGACAUCGGUGGCCGUGUGGCUGAUGGUGGAAGGCAUCUCUCACGACCAGCUUUUGGAGAGCAGGCCCAUGCGAGAGGAGUUCGAGAAGGGAGUCAAGAGGGCCAUCAUCCAGCAGGCGGAGAACGAUGUCGGUCCCCGCGACGUCCGCGUCACGCUUCAGGGCGUCAUGGUAUUGGUUCUCAUCGAGUCGCCCAAGGGUGUGGCUCCGGAGGUGCUGGUUCACCAGCUGACCUCGCACGUGCACGCGCUGAGGUACGACAUCGUCAGCGAGGUGCACCGCGUGGCCGGGAUCCACGCCAUCGCCUCCGCGCCCAUCCGCGUCACCAGGCUGACGGUAGCGGGCCAGGCCAUCCCGGACGAGGAGGACGCGGAGUGGGAGGAGGGGUGGCUGGCGGGCCUCUUCGCCCCCCCCAGGGCCACCUCGGAGCACGAGGCGGACCUCGAGGCCGUGCGCAGGGCCGCGCGCGAGGGCGGCCCCGCGCGCCCGCGCCCCGACCACGGCAGCCCCGCGGCGGCCCGGCCGCGGCUGGCGCCGCGCCACCGGGAGCUGGGGCUCCCGAGCCCGCUGCUGCCUUGGGCGCCGCAGCUACGGCAGGAGCUCGGCCGCUGCGAGGCGCCCCGGCGCUCGGCGGGGGGCGGCGCCGCGUCCCAGCGGCCCCCUAGGAGCGGGCGCCGCGGCGGGGUGCAGGACGGCGAGGACCCUGGAGCUCGCCAGGAGCUCCGGGAGCUGUGCGCUCUGCGCGGCGCCGGAGGGCCGCUGCCGGAGGAGCCCUGCAGGGAGCUGUCGGAGCCGGAGUCCCAGGAGUCGGGCGAGUCCAUCUCCGGAGACGUGGCGUCCUCGUGGAACCCGGCGGUGCACGAGCACCGUUACAGGUAUGCGCGGGACCGCGCCGUGGGCUUCUCGGAGCCCUGGGGGGGCACGGAGUGGACCGUGGAGGACUGGGAGCGGCACCUCGGCGCCUCUGGCGCCCUGGCCUCGCCCGCCCAGCGGCGCGCCCGCGAGGCGGCGCGGGCGCAGCAGCGCGGGCGGCUGCACCCCGGCGGCGCCCCCGCGGCCUCGCCGCGCGGCCCGUUGCUGGGCCGCUCGCCGCCGCCGCAGGGCGGCACCAGCAGGCGGGAGAGCCACUAUCGCCCCGGCGCGGCGCAGGCCUCGCCGCCGCAGGACCCCUCCCCCGCGGGCAGUGGCACGGCACAGGCGGCCCGCGGGUCCGCUGCGCCGCGGACCUCGGCCGCCCGACCGACUUCGGGCGGCGGGGCGCUCGGUGCAGCCGAGGCCCCCGCCGCGAGGCCCGCGGCUCCGGCCGCGGUGAUCGCCGGCGGCGCCGCCGGCGGCGCCGCGGCCUGGGACGACGAGCUGCUGCGGGCGGCCUCGGAGCCGCUCGACUGGCUGUCGCCGCUGGUGCUGGCGCGGCAUCCGCUGCUGGCCGACGUAGACGGGCCCAGGAGGAGCUGGCUGUAGGCGUGCGGGGGCGAGGAGGCCCGGCACGGGCAGAGGCUUUCGGAGCUCCGCGCCGAUCUCUCCGCGCCGCUCAAGUCCUCCUGGAGACGCUCUCUGUCUGGCCCCUGGCGUUGGAGCCGGCUGCGGGGCCCGAGGUGGCCCCAGCAUAUUGCGGCUCAGACCCCCUGGCCGCAUCCAGCACGGAGACGCUCUCUGCCUGCCCGCGGCGGCAGGCGCCGGGCGCUCCGCCAGCUGCUGCAGGGGAGUGCCACUGCCGUGGCGUCUGCUGCAGGGAGGCCGGCGUUCUGCGCAGAUGCAUGUCUAUGACGAACCACCAACGCACCCAUACCCAUAGGGGGAUCGGAGUUGUUCGUUCGUCAUGUCUAGUCACACCGUGGCUGGACAGACGCCGCUUGAAUUAUCGGGCCGCCGCCCAGAGACGGCCAGUUGCCCUGGCCACCUUCAGCUGCUAGCAUGCGAGGCAUGCUUACGCUUAGUGCUUAGUGCUCUUUUUUGUUUUCUCCAGCUUACCUGACCUGUGGGAGGUGGGCUGGGCAGCCGUUCUAGCGCAGGGGAACAGGCUGGCUUGUCGUUCUUCCACGUUCGCACGCUACUGUCGAAGAUGGAGGUGCCGCGGUAUGCAUGGUCGCGCCGUGGCCAUCGCACUUGGCUCCUCAGCCGUCACUCUCCCCAUAUCUCCCCCUCCCUCUAGACCCUGGCCGCCUUGCGGCGGCGGGCAAUUCCAGCGGGCGGUCGCAGCCGCGACGACACUGUUGCGUUUUCGCCUCCAGCCGCCGACUUGACAGAGGCGAGCUGGCUGCAGUCCGGGCGCUGAGAGAUGUCCGUGUCCCAUUAUACCUUGCUUGGCGCCGCCUUAACAUCAGCACAGCUUGGCG